AUGCAGACCAAACACUUCUUCACCGACCCAAACCAUUUGGUCCUGACAGCGCUCAACUCCCUUACCCUCACAAACCCAUCACUGGCACUGGACAGACAGAACAAGAUCAUAUUCCGCCGCCCAGAUGCUGCCCGCAGAGCCAACAAGGUCUCUAUCGUGACGGGUGGCGGCUCAGGCCAUGAACCUGCCUUCGCGGGCUUCGUCGGCCACGGUCUUUGCGAUGCCUCAGUCGCAGGCACGAUCUUUGCCUCGCCCUCUGCGGAGCAGAUCCGCAUCGCGGUCAUUGAUCGUGUCCCAACUGAGAACGGCGUGCUCAUCAUUCCCAUGAACUACACGGGUGAUGUGAUGAACUUCGGUAUGGCGGCGGAGAAGUCCCGUAUGGCUGGUAUUCCGACGCAAUUCUUUGCCAUCAAUGAUGAUGUUGGCGUUGGCCGUGUCAAGGGUGGUAAGGUCGGUCGUCGGGGCAUCGGUGGUGGUGUGCUGAUCUUGAAGAUGGUUGGCGCUUUGGCGGAGGCUGGAGCCUCUUUGGACGAAGUCUACGCCCUCGCCCAGCUAGCCAACAGCAACCUCGUCUCCCUAGGCUCAUCACUUGAGCACGUCCACGUGCCCGGCCGCGGUCUCCCAGAAGACUCGAUCCCGCACGGCGAGGUCGAAGUAGGUAUGGGCAUCCACAACGAGCCCGGCUCGCACCGCGUGAAGUUCGACCUCGUCGAGCUGGUCCAGGGUAUGCUUCUACAGCUGCUCGACCACAACGACCCGGACCGCUGCUACGUCACCCGUAAGCCUGAGGAUAAGUUCGUCCUGCUCAUCAAUAACCUCGGCGGCGUCAGCCCGCUCGAGCUCGCCGGUAUCACCGAUGAGGUCUAUCGCCAGCUUAAGCGCGACUACCAGGUCAACAUGGUCCGCGUGAUCCAGGGUACUUUCCUGACGAGUCUGAAUGGUCUUGGCUUCAGCAUUUCGCUCCUCAAGCUGGCUGAGCAGGAUGUCGGCGCGGGCAAGACUAUGCUGGAGCUACUGGAUGCUCCCGCCGAGGCGGUUGGCUGGUCUGCGCCUGUCAACACAUCUACCUGGGAUAACCGCAAAGACGAGCCUGUUGAGCUAACGUCAUCCAAUCUGGCUGAGGAUAUUCACUCCAACCUCCAACUCGACCCCUCAACCCUCCAAAAAGCCCUAACAACCGGUCUAAACCGCGUAAUAAAAGCCGAACCGGACAUAACCCGCUACGACACAAUCGUCGGCGACGGCGACUGCGGCGUCGGCCUAAAACGCGGCGCCGAAGCAAUCCUCACCCACCUAACCACGAACCCCCCAACGAACGACAUAGUCGCCACCCUCGCCUCGAUAGUCACAGUCGUCGAAAACGUCAUGGACGGCACCUCCGGCGCCAUCUACGCCAUCUUCCUAAACGCGCUCGCCCACGGCCUGCUCGCGCAGAACACCGACGUCCCGACCAAAAUCACAACGGAAAUCUGGGCGAGUGCGCUGCAGUCUUCGCUCACUGCGCUGGCGAAGUACACACCGGCGCAGAAGGGGGAUCGCACGCUGGUUGAUGCGCUGGCGCCGUUUAUUGAGACGCUGGCUAAGACGGGGGAUGUAAAGGGUGCGGCGGAGGCGGCUUGGAAGGGGACGGAGGAGACCAAGGCUAUGAAGGCUAGUCUGGGGAGGAGUGUUUAUGUUGGCGGGGAGGGGGAGUGGAUUGGGAAGGUUCCUGAUCCCGGGGCUUAUGGGUUGGCGGAGUUUUUGGGGGGUGUUGCGGAGGGGAUUUAG